AUGAAUGAAAUAGGAACAGUAAAAACAAAUCAAAAACGUCUAUAUGAAUUUGAACAAAAUUUUUCUUCAAAACGUUCUAAAUAUGAUGAACAGUAUGAUAGUUCAACAACUGAUACUGAAUCGAUAUAUUCUAGUAGUGAUACAGAAAAAUCAAAAAUAGAACAAAAUGAUGAUGAUGAUGAUUAUAGUGAUAUCGAAGAUUUCGAAGAUAAUUCAACUAUAUCAACAGAUCAAUCUCGAUACAAUCCAGUUGUUUUUAAUAAAACAAUUCUUCAACAAAAACAAUUUUUAAGUAGACAUUCAAAAAAAUUAUUAAAACAAUUUAAAUAUUUUUAUGAACAUAGUAAAAGAAAACCUAUUGAAUCAACAACAACUAUAGAUGAUAAUAUAAAUCAAAGAAAAAAAUUACGUUGGGAAUUAAGAAAUACAUUUAAUCGAAAUGAUCUUUUUAAAGAAGGUUAUGCAGUUUUAUCAGAUGAAUCAUUUCCAUUUUAUUCACUUUGUUAUAUGUGUGGUUCAAUGGGUAACGAUUUAAUUUAUUGUAAUAGCUGUUGUCAAGCUUAUCAUAGAGCUUGUUUAAAUCAAUCUGAAUGUCCAAAUUUAUGUCCUACACCUGAAUCAUGGUUAUGUCCAAAUUGUAUUGUAUGUAAUAUAUGUGGUUUAGUAAAAGAUUCUCAAUUAAUAUCUUGUUCGGAUUGUAAAAGAAUAUUUCAUAUUAAAUGUAUAAAACAAUCAAAAGAUGAACAACAAUAUUAUAAUAUUCGUAAUCCUAUAUGGUUUUGUCCAUUAUGUAUUAAAUGUGAUUGUGGACAAACAAUAAUAUCAAAUGAACAAAAUUUAUUAUCAUUAACAAAAUCAUUUUCAUCACAACAAUCACUUAUGUGUUUAGAUUGUUUAAAUAAUAUGAAAAUAAUUCGAACAAAUAAAAUAAAUCAAAUUAAAAAAUGUCAUCUAUGUGAAAAAUUUAUUGAACAAUUUAUAACAAAACCAAAAUCAUUAUUUUCAUUAACAUUAAUUGGUAAUAAAAUAGAAAAAAAAAAUCAAAAUUUAUUACAAUGUAUUAAAUGUAAACAUUAUUUUCAUCCAAAAUGUGAUGGAUAUUUAAAUGAAGAUAUUAUAUUAAUACCAUAUAUUAAAAAUAUAUCGACAAAUAUUAUUUGUUCAAAAUGUAAUUAUGAUCAAAAAGAAGAUAUUCAAAAAUCUUUAAUUAAUUAUAAACUUCAAGUUAUAAAAAAUACAAUAGCAAGUAUAACAUCAACAUUACAAAUAAUGAUAUCAGAAGAAAAUCGUUUAAAUAAUAUGAAAUAUUAUAUGUCUAAUCUUCAACAAUUACAUCAAUCACGUAAUCAAUUAUUAAAUUUACAUGCUUUUAUUAAUGAUUUAUUUAUAAUUGUUCAACAUUUACUUGAUAAUAUUGAUAAUCGUCAAUGGCAAGCAGCAAUAAAUAAUUGUAUAAAUGUUCAAUGUCCAUGGUUCAAAACUUCAAAUUUAUUUUCAAAUAAUAAAUUAUUAUUUUGUUCAACAACAAAUACAUCUAUAAAUAAUUCAAAUAUUUUAUUAAAUCAUUGUUUUUUAUUACCAUCUAUUGAUCAUACAUAUUCAUUAAAUAAUGAACGUCUUUUAUUUCAAUCAAAUUUAUAUAAAAAUAAUUUAUUAACAUCAAGUGAUUCAUUAUUACGUUAUAUAAAUAAUAAAUUUGAAAAUAAAUAUUUAUUUGAAAAUUUAUAUCAAAUUGAUACACGAUUAUGUCAAUUAUGUCAAACAUAUGCUGAUAAUUUUUCAUCAAAUAUUUCUCGUCUUAUAUCAAUUGGUAUUAAUCAAUGGAUACAUAUUGGUUGUAUACUUCCAAUUUAUUCAAAAAAUCUUGAUCAAUCACCAUAUAUUUUACGUAAUAUACAUGAAAUAAUAAAUCGUUGUCAAACAAAAUAUAAAUGUGAUUUAUGUUUUAAAAUGGGUGCUACUGUACAAUGUUAUGAAAAUGAUUGUAAUAUACGUUAUCAUUGUCAAUGUAUUGAAAUAUAUUAUUCAAAAAUUGAUAGAAAUUUACAACAAAAAUUAAAUAUUAUUAAUGGAUUAUUACCAAAUUUAACAACUUUAUGUUUAAAACAUUGUAAACAACAAAUAAAAAAUAAUAAUGAUAAUCAAAUAGAUGAAUCUGUAAUAAAUAAAGAUAUCAAUCUUCCAAAAUUAAAAUCUAUUAAUUUAUCAUCAACUGUCUAUGCUGAUCUAUCAAAUACUUUAGUCGAAUUUUGUUUAACUGAUAUUAAACUUUGUAUUGGUUCUCUACAAAUAAAAUCUCUUGGUAAUUUUGAUUAUCUUCUUGAUAAUGAUCCUAAUAUGAAUAUUUAUCCAAAUAAAUAUAAUGCAUCACGUGUAUUUUGGAGUACAAAAAAUGCUCAACAAAAAACAAUCUAUCAUUUAUAUAUAGAAAUUGAACAAACAUAUCAUAAUAAUAAAUUAAAUCAUCAAACAAUUGAAUAUCCAUUAUCAAAUGAACAAAUAUAUAUUCAACAAUUAUAUGAAAUAUGUGAAAAAUAUUUUAAUAAAUUUCAAACUAAAAAUUAUUCUCAAAAAAAACAAAUAAUUAAUUUAAAUAAUAAAAUUGAAAAAUUAACAUCAACAUCUAUUAAAUAUCAAACAUCAAAAUCUAUAUUAAAAAAUAUUAUUCGAUCAAGAAAUAAAUUUAAUAAUAAUGAAAAUAAUCUUCAAUUAAAUAAAUCUUCAUCAAUUAUAUCACAAGAAAAUUCUAAAACAAUAUCAAUUGAUACUAAAACUUUACGAAAUUUUUUUACAAAUAAUUCAUUUAAAUCAUCAGAUCAUUCUCGAUUUGCUUUAGCACUUGUACAAGCUCUUCAAAAUGUUGAUCAAUCAUUAUCAUCAGCAAAAAUACAACAACAACAACAAGAACCGAUUUUAAGUUAUUAUUUAUCGAAUCAAACAAGUAUUUCAUCCAACGAAUCAACAAUAAAAAAGAAUAAUGAUGUAUUAUUAGAUCAAUUAUUAAAGAAUAUAAAUCCAUCUCAACAAUUAAACAAUUCUCAACUUUCAUCUCAAUUGCAAUCAACAUCGACUAUUAAUAUUCAUAAUAAUUCAACAGAAACAUAUAUUCCACAAAUAGAUGGAAAUAUUGAUAAUGAUGAUGAAGAUUUUCUUAUUUGUUCUUCUCUAAUAAAUUCUUUAAUUGAACAAAUAAUAAAUGAAGAAUUAUUUCAUAUGAAUAAUAAACAACAUUCAAUUAAUUUAUCUCAUUUUCUAUCGAAUAAUAUUAAUUCAAAAAUAAAAUCAAUAUCAUCUAAUGAAUUAAUUCAUUAUUAUCAACAAUGGUUAAUAUCAAAAUAUGGUCGUAUAAAAUUUACAAUUAUUAGUGAUGAUGGAUAUAAAAUUGUAUCAGAUAAUUUAGAUGAUGCUUGGUUAACAAUUGUUAAUUUAGUACGUGAUUGUCGUGAUGAUAUGAAUUUAACACAUUUACCAAUGAGAAAUGAAGAAUUAAAUGGACAUCAUAUAUUUGGUUUAACAAAAUCAAUUAUUAAAAUAAUGUUAAAUCAAAUUUAUAUUAAUUCAUUAUUAAUAGAAAAACAAACUAAUACUAUUUUAUUACCAUUAUCAUCAUCAAAUAAAAAUAAUUCAAUAUAUUUUUUAAAGAAAAAAAAUUUAAAUAAAAAAAUUUUAUUAUCUAAUUCAAGAUUAAAUAUUUAUCAAAGAAAAAAUUCUCAACGUCAAAGAUUUAAUUGGUUAUUAAAUCCAAAUCGAAAAAUUGAAUAUGCAUUAAAAUCAUUCGAAAUUGAUGAUGCACUUGCAUAUGCAAGACGAAUUCUUCUUGAAGAAUGUUCAGUUAGUUUACGUCUUUAUUAUUUAUAUUAUUUUUCUCAACGUGCAUUAAUUGUUGGAUCAUCAUCUAUACAUGGUUGUGGUUUAUUUACAUUAAUUGAUUUAAUUGAAGGACAAAUGAUUAUUGAAUAUACAGGUGAAGUUGUUCGUCAAUGUCUUACAGAUAAACGUGAACGUGAAAAUGAAAAAAAAGGUUUUGGUUGUUAUAUGUUUACUGUUGAUUCAAUGAAUGUUAUUGAUGCUACACAUCAAGGAAAUAAAGCUCGUUUUAUAAAUCAUAAUUGUCAGCCAAAUUGUUUUGCAAAAACUGUUCUAUCCGGUGGUAUUAAACAUAUUAUUAUUUAUGCUCUUAUGAAUAUAACUCGUGGUUCUGAAUUAACUUAUGAUUAUUCAUUUCCUGAAGAAGAUAUCAAAAUUCCUUGCCAUUGCGGUACAAAUAAAUGCCGAAUUUAUUUAAAUUAA